GUUUCCGGUAUUUUUUUCUGCAUAUUUUCAGCAUGUUUUAAUAUUCGACCAGAGACAUAUAUUUACAUCUCUUAUUGGCUUAACAAUGUUAGAGUAUAAAAAUAGUAUCAAUACCAACCAGGGCCGUCGGCCACUUAAAGAGAUGCAUAUUGACGUCGCUGGUCAAAGAGAAACGAGAGAUAUGAAAUAAAACCAAGAGUAGCAUGAAACAUUCAAUAUGCAUGGUGUCAGAUUUCUUUUAUCCCAACAUGGGAGGAGUGGAGAGCCACAUCUAUCAGCUGUCGCAGUGUUUGUUGGAGAGAGGCCACAAAGUGGUUGUCGUGACUCAUGCCUAUGGAAAUAAGAAGGGAGUAAGGUACCUCAGCAAUGGUCUGAAGGCUUAUUAUCUUCCUUUUAUUCCAUUUUACAACCAAUGCAUCCUCCCCACCAUAUUUACUACAUUCCCUCUGCUGAGAAAUAUAUUCAUCAGAGAGCAAAUAACCAUUGUACAUGGACACUCUGCUUUCUCCACGUUAGCCCAUGAAGCCAUGUUCCAUGCCCGUACAAUGGGCUUGAGGACAGUGUUCACAGACCAUUCCUUGUUUGGGUUUGCUGAUGCCAGCUCCAUUCUGACAAACAAGGUUCUUCAGUUCUCCUUGUCGGAUACCAAUCAUGUCAUUUGCGUCUCUCAUACAAGCAAAGAAAACACAGUGUUGAGAGCGAGCAUUAAGCCUCAGAUGGUUUCAGUCAUUCCUAAUGCCGUGGAUGGAACGAUGUUCACUCCGGAUCCAACAAAAAGACAUCGAGAUAAAAUUACCAUUGUAAUGGUCAGUAGACUGGUCUACAGGAAAGGCAUGGACCUUCUGGCCGGGGUAAUACCACAAAUCUGCUCUCGUCAUCGUGAUGUACAGUUUAUCAUAGGAGGAGAGGGCCCUAAGAGAAUAGUUUUAGAAGAGAUGAGGGAGAGCCAUGACCUUCACGAUAAGGUCCAGCUUCUGGGAGCGAUCAAUCACAGAGAUGUCAGAGAUGUGCUUGUACAAGGAGACAUUUUGAUCAACACCUCGCUGACUGAGGCUUUCUGCAUCGCUAUAGUGGAAGCAGCCUGCUGCGGGUUAUCGGUAGUUAGUACACGAGUAGGUGGGGCACCAGAAGUCCUCCCACCCGAUCUGAUCUACUUUGCAGAACCCAGUGUCAAAGAUUUGGUUCAGACAUUGGACAAAGCUAUUGAGGACAGAAGAAAGGAAAAUUUUGUUCCUCCAUUUGAAGCUCAUGAAAGAAUUAAGAAAAUAUACACUUGGAGAAACGUAGCCAAGCGUACAGAGAUUGUGUAUGGCCAUGUUAUGGAGGAAACUCCGAGUGACUCAGGAGACAGACUUAUCAGCUUUUACAAGUGUGGCCCAUUGUCAGGAAAGCUGUUUGUGAUUGCUGCAGUACUCAACAUGUUUCUUCUGUGGAUAUUGGAAACAUUAUGGCAACCAACACAGGAAAUAGAAUAUGCAGUGGAUUUGACACCAUUACAGAAUUUCAAAUGCAGACGACCAAGUAGAGAUGAUGAUAGUGCAAUGAUUGAUAAACAAUCCAUCAAGAGGACUCCACAGAGAUAAUCCACCCACCCAGUGAUCAAAUAUUUGUAUUUUUCUAAACUUAUAUUGUAUACAAGUACAGUAUUGCAUUCUCAAAUGUUACACACCUUUUGUUAUGAAAAGUCUUAAUGUUACAUAUAUGGAAAUUUUGUGAAAUUCUCUGAAUGAACAGUUUUGUGACGGUUCACACCUAUACAUGAUAGACUGCUUUGAUGAGAGAGUGCACAGGGUAGGCUGCUAAUUCAGGAACUGCAAUUCUAGUGUGGAAACUUAAAUGUUGUGUGUUAAAGAAGCCACCUUAUCUAUUUAAUUGUCUCGGUCCAUAUAUGUAUAGAAAGUGAAAGGGUUCAAAAUUCAGUCUUUGUAAUUUGAAAUUUGUAAUAGUAAAUGCAUGACUUGUACAAUGUAAUGUGUUUUAAUGUUAAAUGAAAAAGGUUAAACUGAUAUACAAUCAGUACAUGUGUAGUUUUCAAUAUGAAUGCUAUGUCUGUAUUUUGAAAUACAUAUACAUGUAUGUAUGCAUAUUUUGAAACUUGGAAUGUGGAAUUCAUUAAUGUUAAAAGUAAAAUUUGGCAUGCGAAAGCUGAAUUGCUAUGUAUAUUCAAAAUCUGUGUUCAUGUUAAAUAUUUCUAUGAUUUGUAUUAAAUAAAAUGCAAAAUCACUGCU